AUGAGUGCACAAGGUGAGGGACCCGGUCAGCCUUCCACUGCUGCCCAGGAGCAACCUGCAACCGCAGAGCCUCAGAAGAGAGGACGAGGCAGACCCAGGAAGCAACCACAA